AUUUAGUUAUAUUUUUCACAUCCCUACAAAAAAUGCAAGAUGCAGGCCCGUAUUCGAAUUGGAAAACCACUUUGAUCGCGAAUUAGAAACAUAUUAAGAUCCGCACUUGGCCGAAAUCGACCCGAAGAGCAGUGCGUUGGGAUUGUAAGCGAAUUCGGCCAAAAGGAGCAGAAGCGGCGUGUAAAACCAGCACCAUGAGGAAGCGCAGCUCGCGCUGUAACUCGGACACUUUUAAAGAGGAGCAGAUGGCCCACAACGGUGACGACAUCAGCUUGCUGCAGCGCCCACUGCGCACCGCCCACACGGGAUUCGAGGAGGCGCGCCGGGCAUACGAGGAUGGCACCAGCGAGGUGCGUCAGCUGCUAAGCCUGGAGUGCAGCCUGAUUUACGAGUGCAAAGUGUGCCGGAACAUGUUCCGCAGCCUGGCCAAUUUCAUCAGCCAUAAGCGCAUCUUUUGCUGCGUCAGCGCUCGGUCAGCAAACGGCAAUGGAUACACAGAUCAGAACUCCACGAUGAUCAUACAAACAGGUGGCGGUCCGUCGCCGCAGGAUAUUGAGCACAUGCUCCGAAGCAGGAGCACGGGAUGCUCGCCAGUUCCUCGAGAGGUGCGUCCCAUACGGGCUGGAGGUGGAGGGAUACGCGACCUUAGUGGCGUCAUCGAGCGUCUCCGACGCGAGAAGGCCCCCUUACAGGCCAGGCGUAGCUCCCCCACGGUUCUUCAGCUGGAGUCGGUGCCCACUUCCAGCCAGGCAGUCUACCAAACCGUCAAGGUAGACCAGGAGGACAGCAUACGGACGGAGCUGGAUGAGGUGCACCGUAUGCUCAAUCCGGCUGAUACCGUUGUGGGACCCGACGGCAAGGCCUUGGCCACCAUCAAGUUGGAACGCCAAGGAGGCAGCGACUCCGGCGAAAAUGGCGAGCAGUCGAUCAGCGACGAAACGGAGACUAGCAUCUUCUGCGAGAUCUGCAAUCUGACUUUUCAGACGCAAAAAACGCUGGAGCUGCACAUUCAGAAGCAUCACUCAUCAUCGGCAUUUGUGUUUCAGUGUCCCGCCUGUUCGCUAACUUUUCUGCAGGCCGCCGCAGUUAUUCGCCAUCUAUCCAAGGAUCACAAGAAACCAACUCGUCGCAUUCGCAUGAUGCGGAACACAAUCCUCAAGCGCCGCGUGCAGCAAGGAGAUAUUCAUCCCAAGGGCCCCUGCCGUGAGUUGAAGCGCCUGCAAUUCUCCGACGACGUAGUAGGCUACGUUCCGGAGCCAUUGGAUGCCAGUGGUGAGCAUCGUAAGAUCAUGUCUUUGUGUAUAUACUGCGAAAAGUCCUUUGAACGUCGCGCUGCUCUGUCAACCCACCUGCUCAAUUGUCGAGCGAAGCAAGAGGCGCUGGCCAAGCCGGCUCCCUCCGUUAAAAAACUUAAGGUAAAGAGUAAUGAUUCCAGUCUAGAUGCAGCCGAUGAGGAACCAACUGCGGCCAUAGAUUUACCGAAAAACAAUACGAUCAAGCGAGAGGAAAUUACUCUUAAUGACAUGUUUGCUGAUCUACCGGAGCGAAAUGACUCGUUUGCCCCUGUCUUGCACACAGUGUCGUUGGACCAGCUAAAUUUGACCCAUGAAACGGACUCUGCGAGUGACGAAGCGUCCAACACCGACGAAGAUCACGAGCCCGGGGCUGGAGCUGGUCCGGAAUCCACUGCGGACCCGGAAGAUGUCAAGGGCAAGGCCAAGAAGAAGCGCAAUGUGCCAGUGGAGAAGCAGCUGCGUUGCCGCUGCAAGAUCUGCCACAAGCAGUUUAAUGCACUCGGCAACCUACGCCGUCACAUAUCCAUGUUCCACUACCGCGCUCGCCGCUUCGGCUGCAAUCUGUGCGAAUAUCGCGCCUUCAGGCGCUACGAUAUCGUUAACCACUUAGGUUUCACCCACAAGAUAGAAGGAGAUCGCGACCAACUAACGGAACAGUACGUGUCCACUCAUGAGUGCGAGUACUCUCGCGACGAUGUCGAUGGGGACAUCAUUUUGUUGGACAAGGAGGAGGAGCUGGGAGCUAUAGAGGCCAAGGAGGCCAAGCCCCCUAUUAAGACCUACGAAAGGCGCUUAAAGCGUGCCAAAACCGUAAUAGAACCAGCGGGAGAAGCGAGACCACUAUCACCAACAGCCGUAGUUAAGGAGGAACCCGGCCAGGAGCCGGCGGAAGCCACUCCCGCGCCAAGUAAAAAGCGUCGCAAGUCACGCACUCAAAUCUCACCCGACUCUGGCGAGUACUCCCAGGAGAAGCGCCCGAUUCGCAAAAGGGUUAAGGCGGUCAACAAGGACUUUGUCUACGAUAUGGUCAGCUUCAAGCCGGACGGAUCAGGGCAGCAAGCUCCAGCUGCGCUCGCCGUCGAGGCCAUGCGGGCCAAGCUGCGCCGCCAGCCGACGGGAAGCAACGAUGAAAGCAAACCCAAGCAGUGGGAGGCCUACAUAACGGAGGCCAAGAAGCCGAUGGUCCUGGGCAUCACACAGCGCAUCAUGCUGGAACUAGUGAGUCAGGGACUGGCUGUAUCCGCCACUUUACCGGAGCUGCCCUCCGAGCGACCCCAAAUACGACCCCGCCUCACUUCGCACACACGCAGCGAUGGCGGUCAGCUGCAGCAGAAUCAGAACGUGGUGGAAACCACAGUGAGUCCCGCUCCGGAAACCGAGAGUUUCAUCGAAAAGAUUGCGAAGCGGACGGCAGCUGCUGGAAAGGAUGCCGCUGUCAUCAGCAACCUGUGGAACAAGGUCAACACUGCGAUUGCCCAGCAACAGCAGAAAGAAAAGCUGAAGCUGGAAAAGGAGCAGGAGAAGGAGAAGGAGCCAGUUCGAGAGGACCAGCCGCAGAAACCCGAAAUCGAGAAAUCGAAAAGCCCCCUGCCCACGACCCCCUUGCCGCCCAGCAAAUGCCACGCCCCCGUGCCCGAAUCGCUGGCAACCACUGGCAUGGAAUGCCUGGGCGGCAAGAGCAGUCAAGCGGGAGCACCGACAAUGUUUCCGGCCCUGCCCAAGCCGCCAUCCGUUCUGCAGGCAGCUGCCAAUGGGACCAUCCAGCUCACUCUGGACAGUCUCCUGCGAGCCGCGCUGCAGAACUAAACGGAACCGGAAGUAGGAGCCACCACCAUCGUUGCUACUUUUGCAACGUUCGCUGUCGUUGUCUUGUCUUUCCUGCUAGACUUCUCUCAAAGUUUCGGCUGGUCGCUUUCCCAUCAACCAUUUGAAUGUAAUUCACUAGUGUCCUUAUUGUAAAACCAAGUAAAUAAGAAACCAAGAAGAAUCAACCCAAGAAUCCCUAGAUUAUAGAUACGCUUUGAGUAUUACGCGGUAAAAAACAACCAAAACGAAUUGAGAAUCGUAGCAUAAUUUUCGGCUAUUAGCAAAUGUUUGUUGUUUGUGUGAAUUGAAAAAGUACAGAUUUUUUAAAAUGUUAUAGUUAUUACUGUAUAUGUACCUAAUUUUAUAGCCCCACGUAAUGUAAGGCACACAAGUGUGUACGGAUGUUGUGCGUAUGAGCAGCAGAUUGCCUUGCCUGGCCUUAAAUCAGAUUUAAUAUUUCAUCCGACUCGAGCCAAGCUUCUUGGUGUACUUAUACAAAUGCGUAUUGGGGUGGACCGUUUAUCAUUAUUUCAUUUUUCAUUUCCUUUCCACUCAUGCGAUCAAACCAAAACAUGCUUAUUAGUUUCUAAGUUAAUUUUAGCUGUUUUUAAAUAUUCCUUAUUCUUCGUUUGACGAUAAGGUGCUCCUUAGGCAUGUGAAACGGCGCACCCUAAUAUAUAUUAAGAAGAUGAGAAGGGCUUUGGAUAUUAAGUUUGUUGACGCUCCAUCUUGCCAUCUAUCAUUCGAAUCCAUCGCCCCACCAUCGCCUAAUUAGCAUUAUUAUAUUCAGGAACAUCACAGCUGAGGAAGCGUGAACACGACGACUUCUGCAUGAUGCUGCAUAAAUUUGUUGCUCAAAAUGUUAAUUGCAAACUAAGCGAAAGUCAGGCGCAAGUUGUACAAGGCAGUCUGUUGUACAUACACAACCCAGAUACAUGUUUAUACUAUAUAUAUAUUUUAUACAUACGCAACGUUGACUCGGCAAGUGUUUUGCCAAACGCAACGGACACAGUACGGAGGAAAUCACUCGCAGACAUUCAAAGGAGUCCUGAUCUACGCGAGUAGGUCAAUGUAUUUAUAUAUCAUUGUAAUGUACAAGGUAGAGCCUUAAAUCAAAUCACCAAAUGAUAAUAAAUCCUACGAUAAUCACCC